AUGGACCACGAAAUGGCAGAGGCUGGACCUCUUCAGUCGUCUUCUUCACAACCCUCGUCGACGCCACAGCAAUCUACAAGCCCAUCGUUACAACAAGAUCUUCAUCCAACUGAUAGCAACAACAAUAAUAAUACCAUAGACUCUUCAAAUGCUGCAAGCCCUUCGACGUCUUCUACUACCCCAAACACAUUGAGCUCCACAGAUGCACUCAUAGACGCAGAGCAACGCAAAGGUCUUAAGGCAAUUCAAAACUUUCUUAAAUCAAAAACUUCCUACGACGUUUUGCCAGUCAGUUUCCGUCUUGUUGUUCUUGACACAUCCCUACUUGUCAAAAAGUCUCUCACAAUUCUCCUCCAAAACGGCAUCGUCUCUGCCCCACUUUGGAACUCGAAAACUUCACGCUUUGCAGGUCUUUUGACUGCCACAGAUUACAUCAAUGUGAUCCAAUACUACUUUCAGAACCCUGACAAAAUGGACAAGAUUGAAGAUCUCACCCUCAAUGGCCUUCGCGAUGUCGAAAAGGCUCUUGGUACUGAGCCCAUUGAAACAAUCUCCAUCUACCCUUUCAAGUCACUUUACGAAGCUUGCAUUAAAAUGACACAAAGUAAGGCUCGAAGAAUCCCUCUCAUUGAUGUUGAUGAGGAAACUGGCCGUGAGGUUGUUGUCAGCGUUUUGACACAAUAUCGUAUCUUGAAAUUCGUCGCUUUAAACUGUAAAGAAACUAGAAUGCUUAUGAAGCCGCUCAAGUACUUAAAUAUAGCUACUACUGGCGAUAUUGAGCGUGCCGUCAUGACUACCCCUGUCAUCCAGGUUAUCCAUCUGCUGGUUAAACGUGGUGUUUCCAGUAUUCCAAUUGUUGAUGAAAAUGAUAAGCUUGUCAACAUUUAUGAGGCUGUUGAUGUGCUGAGUCUCAUUAAAGGUGGAAUUUACACAGACCUAAGUCUUUCGGUCGGUGAAGCUCUCAUGCGCCGGCCUGAAGACUUUGAAGGAGUGUAUACCUGUACUUUUGAAGACAGACUUGAUACUAUUAUGGACACGGUCCGUCGAUCGAGGCUUCAUAGACUUUUCGUUGUCGAUGACCAUGGAAGGCUGCAAGGCGUUGUCACUCUGAACGAUAUCCUUAAGUAUCUUCUUUACGCUUAA